AUAUGUCCACUCCAAAAUAGAAAGCCGUCUUGCUCACAUGUCACCAAUUAGAUAAGGUACGCAAUAAAACAUUGAGCAAACCUCAUCCAGAGACAUUCACAUGUGUCCUAAGUUGUAUUGGAGUGAGCAGCCGCAGUGCCGGUCGAAACAGCGAGCCGGUUGGCCGAUUACGGCGGUGAUUUUAAUAUUUGCGGUUAUUUGAAUUGUGCAAGCAUGUUGACUCCCAUCUUCCUCUUGCUCGCCUUGCAUUUCGCGGCUUCUGAUAUACCACCAUACAUAAAAGUUUGUCAGAGAAAAGAUCCCAACGUCGACAAGUGCAUCAUAAAUUCUGUGGAAGAGCUGCGGCCAAAGAUGAAAGAGGGCAUUCCUGAGUUGGAAGUACCGUCAAUUGAGCCUCUUAGUCUCGGUCAGAUAGCUCUGGCCCGCGGACCUCAGGGCGCUAAACUCACAGCUGUCGUCAACGAUGUUAAAGUCAGGGGACCCAGCAAUUUUAUUAUACAAGAGUUAAAGUCGGACCUCGACAAGAAUAGAUUUGAUUUCAAGCUUCUUCUGCCAAAACUGGAUUUCGCUGGAAAAUACAAGAUGGACAUACAGGUGUUGUUGUUGAGACUUCAAGGGAGGGGAAACAUUACAGGUUCAUUCAAGGACUACGCUUGCAAUGUAACAAUGCGCGGCCACAAAGACAAGCGCGGUGAUAAUGAAUAUUUGACCUUCGAGCCUAUGAAGGUCAAACUUCGCGUGGGAGAAUCCUCCAUCUACCUGACCAACCUCUUCGAUGGCGAUCCAGUCCUCGGGCCAGCCACCAACAGGGUUAUCAACGAAAACUCACAAGUGUUCCUCUCGGAAAUAAGUCCAGUGUUAGAAAGGUCGCUCGCCGAUCUCUUUACGGAGAUGGCAAAUAAGAUUACAUCCAAAUUUACUUACCAAGAACUUUUCCCUUGACUUUAUUGGAUGUUGAUUUAAGGAAAAAUGUGAUAUUUUUAAAUGAAUUAUGAGAUUUGGAGCAUCCCAAAAGUAGUGCUCAACGCACAUAAGUAUUUAAAACUUGUCAUAGUUUUUUUGGUUUGAUGAAAAUUUUAUAUAUUUUAAAACUUCGCACCCCUAUGUUAACAUUUACGCUAUUUUAAAUAUGACUUAGUAUACUUUUUAAAUGGUUCCUGGUGGUUUACAGAUCUGUAUAGAAUUUAUAAAAUGAAAAAUCAGUGCGCUAUUGAGUACCUUGAGGGCGUAGCAAAGCUUGCAAUUUAAUAUAUACACAUCUAAAGGACAUUUUACAAUUGACUUUAUGAAAAUAUAAUACAUCAUGAAACUCAUUAAACUUUGAGGAAACUUCUUAAAUUUACAAGCAUUGAAUACUUAAGAUUAAAUAGUAAAUAUAUUUUUAGUUUGUAGAAAUUUAAGUUUAAGGCUUUUACAAAAAUCUUUUCAUAUAUAAGUUGUUUUAUUCGCA